AUGCAACUUCUAGCCUUACCAAUGGCCAUGGCUGAGGAAACCAUUCCUCCGAACCUUCGUGGCCUAAACCACAUCAGAGAUGCUACCCAUGUAUUUCCAGGAACAAGAAAAACAUUAGCACUGAUGCUCACCACAGUGUUACUCAUCCUUGUUCUCUCAACACAUUAUCCUGAACCAACUGUCUACUACUGUUCUAUGCCAACUGACAUCUCUCAUCAGACAGCCAUAACCAGUCAUGAAGACAAAGCUUGCAAUGUGUUCAAUGGCACAUGGGUCAGGGAUUUCAGAGGUCCAGUAUACACUAACAUGACAUGCCCAACGAUGCCAGAGUCAAAAAACUGUGGAAAGUAUGGAAAGCAAAUGGAUUAUGUAAAGUGGAAGUGGGCUCCAAAUGAUUGUGUUAUGCCAAGGUUUGAACCCCGGCUGUUCUUGAAUAUUGUCCGAGGGAAGACACUGGCGUUCGCUGCGGAUUCAAUGGGACGGAACCAGAUGGAGUCACUACUUUGUUUACUGUCUCAGGUGGAAGUCCCAAUCAAAGUUCACAGUGACACUAACGAUAAAUUUGUCACUUGGCACUUCAGAUCCCACAAUUUUACCCUCAUGGCACUGUGGACCAAAUUUCUAGUAGAAGCGUCAGAAAGAGAGAUCAAUGGCACAAUAAUUGAAAUGCAUGACAUACACUUGGAUAAACUUGAUGCAAGAUUAGCUGCAAACUUACGUGAGAUCAAUAUUUUAGUCAUAUCGAGUUCCCGAUGGUUCUUCAGGAAAAAUUAUCUCUACGAAGGUGGGAAACUCAUUGGAUGCAUAUACUGCUCAGAGGAUAACAUCACAAGCUUCAAUGUCAUUACAGCUAUUCAGAGGGGGUUAAGAACAGCCCUCAUUAACUUGAACAACUGUCAAGAAUGUGGAUUACAGUUAACAGUAGUAAGAACAGCAACACCAGCACACUUUGAAAAUGGCUUCUGGAAUACUGGAGGAUACUGCAAUAGAACUGAACCGGUGUUAGAUGGAGAAGAAAUGACCAGUACAGUUGAAUGGGCAAUAAGAAACGCUCAAGUUGAGGAAGCUAACAGAGCACAAAAGGAGAGCAGCCACAAGGGACAGAUGAAUAUAGAGAUUUUAGAUAUAACCAAAGCUAUGUCUAUGAGACCUGAUGCGCACCCAGGGAUCCAUUGGAAUAACCAGUGGAUGAGGGGUCACAGUGACUGUUCCCAUUGGUGUUUGCCAGGACCAAUAGAUAUGUGGAACGAGCUAUUACUCUUUGUGCUUAACAAAUAUGGGAAAGACUGGGAAAAUAAAUGA